AUGGCCUCAAAUGCUGUGAAAUCGCUAGAUGAACAAGAUGAGAUAGGGAAUGGGAAGAUGAAUUCCACAAUUGACCCUAAUGCAACUCCUGAAGUCAAGCCAUCCAGCCAGGCACCUGAAGAUAAAGAGAUGCAAGUUGCAGCUGCGAGCGUCGUCAACGACGCUAUAUUUGAGGUCAAAGCCGACGAAUUGGUCUUCGUCAAGGACAUUGAAAUAUACAGCCUAUGUGGACAUCAUCUCGUGCCGUUCAUGGGCAAAAUUCAUAUAGGAUAUGUUCCUCGGGGCCGUAUCAUUGGUUUAUCCAAGCUUGCACGUAUCGCUGAGAUAUUUUCCCGGCGGCUCCAAGUGCAAGAACAGCUUACCCAGGAGGUGGCGCAGGCGAUCGAUGAUGUCCUCAACCCUGAAGGAGUGGCUAUGGUUGUGGAAUGCGUUCAUAUGUGUAUGGCGAUGAGAGGCAUGCAAAAGAAGGGGACAAUGACGAUCACCCAGUCAAAAACUGGAGUCUUCAGGGAACAUUGUGCGCUGAAUGACCAAUUUCAUUCCUUGCUGACUUUGACCCGGCGUUGA